GGGAUUGAAAUCAGAAGAUAUACUUGUUCUUCUUAAGAGAAAAGGAAGAAGUUUGUGUACUUUGUUGUCAGCUUCCAAAGAUUACUAACUUUUUUCUGUAUCAUUAAAAUCCAACUGCCUUGGCUAUACUGCUACUACUCUUACUGCUGUUUCCAUAAUUGCCUUUUUCAGCAAAAUAAAUCUAUUUGAAGCCAAAGAAUAACAAGAAAUAAACAUCAUUUCAGAAGCCUUGCCAUUAUGAAACUUAUGCUAAAUGUACUCAACAUUAUUUUGCUGCCUGUCUACUUGUUAAUAACAGUAUACAGUGCCCUUAUAUUUAUUCCAUGGUAUUUUCUUACCAACGCCAAGAAGAAAAACGCCAUGGCAAAGAGAAUAAAAGCUAAGCCCACUUCAGACAAACCUGGAAGUCCAUAUCGCUCUGUCACACACUUCUACUCGCUAGCUGUCAUAGACAUCCCUGGUGCUGACACUCUGGAUAAAUUAUUCGAUCCUGUUUCCAAGUUUGGGAAGAAGGACAGCCUUGGAACGAGGGAGGUCCUAAAUAAAGAAAAUGAAAUGCAGCCAAAUGGAAAGGUUUUUAAGAAGCUAAUUCUUGGAAACUAUAAAUGGAUGAACUAUCUUGAAGUGAACAACAGAGUAAAUAAUUUUGGCAGUGGACUCACUGCCUUAGGACUGAGACCAAAGAGCACCAUUGCCAUUUUCUGUGAGACCAGGGCUGAAUGGAUGAUUGCAGCACAGACCUGCUUUAAAUACAACUUUCCUCUUGUGACUUUAUAUGCCACACUUGGAAAAGAUGCUGUAGUUCAUGGGUUAAAUGAAUCUGAGGCUACAUAUCUGAUUAUGAGUGUUGAACUUCUAGAGAGUAAACUUAAGAUGGCAUUGUCAGAUAUAAAAUCUGUUAAACACAUCAUUUACGUGGACAAUAAAAUUAUCAAUAAAGCAGAGUACCCUGAAGGAUUUCAUAUUCACAGUAUGCAGUCAGUGGAAGAGUUGGGAUCCAAGCCAGAGAACUUGGCCGUUGCUCCAAACAGACCAGUUCCUUCAGAUAUGGCUAUUGUUAUGUACACCAGUGGUUCUACUGGUCGACCAAAGGGAGUGAUGAUGCACCAUAGCAAUUUAACAGCUAAAAUGACAGGUCAAUGUGAGAGAAUUCCUGGACUGGGACCGAAGGACACAUAUAUUGGCUACUUGCCUUUGGCUCAUGUUCUCGAGUUGACAGAGGAGAUCUCGUGCUUUACCUAUGGCUGUAGGAUUGGUCAUUCCUCUCCACUUACAUUUUCUGACCAGUUGAGCAAAAUUAAAAAAGGAAGCAAAGGCGACUGUACUGUACUGAAGCCUACACUUAUGGCUGUUGUUCCUGAAAUAAUGGAUCGGAUUUAUAAGAAUGUUAUGAGCAAAGUCCAAGAAAUGAAUUAUAUUCAGAAGACUAUGUUCAAGAUAGAGUAUGAUUACAAAUUGGAACAAAUUAAAAAAGGUUAUGAUGCACCACUCUGCAAUCUGGUACUAUUUAAAAAGGUGAAGGCCCUGCUGGGUGGCAAUGUGCGAAUGAUGCUCUCUGGUGGAGCAUCGCUGUCUCCUCAGACUCACCGCUUCAUGAAUGUCUGUUUCUGUUGUCCAAUCGGUCAGGGUUAUGGAUUGACAGAGUCGUGUGGUGCUGGAAUGGUUAAUGAAGUUACUGACUAUACUACUGGCCGUGUUGGAGCUCCUCUUAUUUGCUGCGAAAUUAAACUAAAAUAUUGGCAGGAAGGUGGCUAUACAAUUCAUGACAAGCCAAACCCCAGAGGUGAAAUUGUAAUUGGUGGACAGAAUAUCUCCAUGGGCUAUUUUAAAAAUGAAGAGAAAACAGCAGAGGAUUACUCUGUGGAUGAAAAUGGACAAAGAUGGUUUUGCACUGGUGAUAUUGGAGAAUUCCAUCCCGAUGGCUGUUUACAGAUUAUAGAUAGGAAGAAAGACCUGGUGAAGUUGCAAGCUGGAGAAUACGUAUCUCUUGGGAAAGUAGACGCUGCACUUAAGAACUGUCUACUUAUUGAUAACAUCUGUGUUUUUGCCAAAAGUGACCAGUCCUACGUUAUCAGUUUCGUGGUUCCUAAUCAGAAAAGGUUGACUCUUUUGGCACAAGAGAAAGGAAUAGAAGAAACUUGGGUGGAUAUCUGCAAUAACCCUGCCAUGGAGGCUGAAAUACUGAAAGAAAUUAGAGAAACUGCAAAUGCCAUGAUGUUGGAGUGAUUUGAAAUUCCAAUCAAGGUCUGCCUGAGCCCUGAGCCUUGAACUCCUGAAACUGGUUUGGUCACUGAUGCUUUCAAACUGAAAAGAAAGGAAUUGAAGAAUAAUUACCUCAAAGACAUUGAGUGCAUGUAUGGGGGCAAAUAAAAUGUUUCUGUAUGACAUGCAAUUGGGAAGGAGGAGGCCCCAGUGGCUUUUCCGUUUUAGACUUUUAAGCUUUUGUUGAGCUACCUGUUAAAAUGUAAGGUAAAUCAUUUUAAAGAUACAGUGUUUUUUUUUUAACAAGAACACAGUGACAAUAACAUUAACAACAAAAGGAGACUAGUCGUUGAAUCUCUUUCACUUAUUUUUGUGUAGGUAUAGUCUAGCUGAAAGUAAAAAGCUCUUGUCCUUUAGCUGUUAUUCACUUUAGGGCAAAAUUUGUUUUAUAAGUUAGCCUAAGCAAUAUGUGUUUCUUAAACAUGUUCCAUUUUGACCGCAAUAAACUUGAGUUGGAGUAUAUUAUAGUUUGAAGAUAUUUACUGCACCCAGUGUCUUCUGUCUUCCUAGUUCAAAAGAAGAUCAAAUAUUAUGCAUGACAAAAACAUGCAUUAACACCACUCAAAACAUAAAAUUUGCAUUUUAUGAAUCUAUUCCAACCCAUUAUUUUAAAAACAAAAUUCAAUCUGAUACAAUAUACAAAGUCAUAUAAUAUCUUGAAAAACAUCUUAGGGUUCAAAAUAGUCACAUAUAUUAGAAUUAGAAUCAUUGUGCUAUCGUGAAGAAUUAUGGUGCCUGGACUAUGAACAAAAUCACAUAAGCCCAUUCAAAUGAUAUAGUCAUAAAUUUCAAGGGAAAUUGGGGUGCUGUUUUAAAACUUUGAUGUCUGAAGUCAAUAACCACAUAUAAUUAGUUGAGUGACUUGAAAGAGCAAAUACAUUUCUUCAAACUGCUGAAAAUUUCCCUUCUCGGUUCAAAACAAGAAUGCCACUAAGAAUAACAUUAAAGAAAGUCAUUUCAAUCUUGAGAGAGAGCAUUUUUUUUUCUUAAAUAAAGGUUAUCAAAUCUUAAACAUGUAGAAUCAUGAUCAUUCU